GUGAACUAAGCGUGAGCAGGGUUUGGUGGACAAGCAAUGGCUGGAAAUAGUGCGUGUGUGUGCGUGUCCGACUUUGAGGUGGAAGCCAAGAAGGUUCUUCCUAAAGGUAUCUAUGACUACUACCGCUCUGGCGCUGAGGAGGAAACCACGCUGGCUGACAAUGUUGCAGCCUUCAAGAGUCCUUGUGACUGCAGGUGGUGCCUCAUCCCCCGGGUGCUGAGGGAUGUGUCCUCGGUGGAUCUGAGCUUGUCUGUGCUGGGCCAGCAGCUCAGCAUGCCGCUGUGUGUGGCAGCCACAGCCAUGCAGAGGAUGGCGCAUCCGGAUGGAGAGACAGCUACUGCAAGAGCAUGUCAAGCAAUGGGGACGGGGAUGAUGGUGAGCUCAUGGGCCACUUCCACUAUAGAGGAAGUGAUGUCAGCUAUGACAACUUCUCCUGGUGCUGGGGGCGUCCUAUGGCUGCAGCUCUACAUCUACAAGGACAGGGAACUCACUCUCUCGCUGGUCCGCCGGGCGGAGGAGGCAGGCUAUAAGGCGAUCUUUGUUACCGUGGAUACGCCGUACUUGGGGAGGAGACUGGAUGACAUGCGGAACUGCUUUAAACUGCCUUCACAUCUCAGAUUGUCUAACUUCUCCACAGACGCCUUGGCUUUCUCUGAGGGUGACUAUGGCAGUGACAGUGGUUUGGCUGUAUACGUGGCAAAAGCAAUCGAUCCCACUCUGUGCUGGGAUGACAUUCACUGGCUCAAGAAACACACACACCUACCUGUGAUUGUGAAAGGAAUCAUCAAUGGGGAGGAUGCUGCCCUGGCCGUGAAGCACGGUGUCGAUGGCAUCUUGGUGUCCAAUCAUGGAGCACGACAGCUGGAUGGGGUUCCUGCCACGCUGGAUGUGUUGGAGGAGGUUGUGGGAGCAGUGCAAGGAUGCUGUGAUGUCUACCUGGAUGGCGGCGUGAGGCGAGGGACAGAUGUCAUCAAAGCGCUCGCUUUGGGAGCAAAGGCUGUUUUCAUUGGCCGGCCUGUGCUGUGGGGCCUCGCCUGUGAGGGUGAACAAGGUGUUAUUAAGGUUCUUCAACUUCUCAAAGACGAGCUGAUACUCGCCAUGGCCUUAGCAGGUUGUCGUUCCUUAUCGGAGGUGAACAGGUCUCUGGUCAGGAGUGUGAAGGUCACAUCCAGAAUAUAACAUGGAUCACCGUGGAGUACGCAGGUUAUAUUCAAAGUGGAAUAACUUUAAAGUGCCUUCAUGAUGCCAUCUGCAUGCU